AUGGCUGUCCUUAUAGGUGUCCGAUGUUUGAAAUUUGUGCGUGAUCAACUGAAGUUAGAUAAUAAAAACAUAUACGUGUGGACGGACUCUCAGUGUGUUAUUCAGUGGAUCAAAUCAUAUAAAGAUCUGCCCACAUUCGUGAAAAACAGAGUUAGUGAAAUAAAAGCAGAUGGUAAUAUAAAGUUUGAAUAUGUUUCAGGAGAUCAGAAUCCGGCGGACGUAGCUUCUAGAGGUUGUUCCUUAACAAAACUUAGCGUUUGUGAAUUAUGGUGGAAUGGUCCAUGGUGGCUUCAUGAGCAAGAAAGCACUUGGUUGAAGCACAGCGGCAACGUAUGUGAAAGAAAUUCCUGCGCAAAAGAUGAAAUAAAUGAUUCAGAAAAUGUUAUGAUACAAUUUUCUACCCGUGAAAAUAAAAGUUCUUACGUGUUUUCAUCUCCUUUUGAAAUCGACAGUGAAAAGUAUUCUUCUGUUACAAAAAUGCUAAGAGUGACAGCCUUGGCUCUAAGAUUUAUACAAAAAAUACGCAAGUUACCGUGCACAAAUGAAAGCUUGAAAAGUUCCGAAAUGAAAACUGCAGAAGAAAUGUGGUUACUACAUGUUCAAAGAAAACACUUUGCUGAUGAAUUUGAGUCAAUUAGAAGUGCAAAGAAAAACAAUCUACAACAACAAUUAGGUCUUUAUAUUGAUGAAGUUGGACUACUGCGACGCAAUGGCAGAUUAGAGAAUGGAAUGCGGAUAUCAGUGAAAAUGCGAAACAUCCAGUACUUCUACCAAGUAAACAUCGUUUGA